GUACACAGGCUUAUAUAGGUUGGUGAAAAUGUAACCAAAUCAUUUUGCAUGCUUAUAAAGAAAGUCUUGCAUCCAAAAAUUGCAAUUCUGAUAUCUUGAUUUAUUCCUAAAAUCUUAAAAUGUCUUGUUGAUAUCAUGGUUGUUGGAUGGAAUUUGCUGUUGGUCUUGUGAUUUUUGUGCUUAGAACAAUGACAUUUGGGGUUUUCCAAAGAGUGUGGCAAUUUGGCUGACUCAGCAGUUAGUACUACAGUGACAUCACCAAGACUCCCUUCAAAACAGCUUCUAAUUUCUUCAUCCAUUUAUACAGGGUUUUAUAUGUUUCUACUUCUCUUUUCUCUUAGAAUAGGUGGUUGAGAGUGGAGUAGAAAAAUGUGGUUGGUUCACCAUUAUUCUGGGUAUGUGAGCUUGAAUGAGGUUACUGGACCUCUGUAGACCUCAGUAAAACUUCAUGUUCCUGUGUGUGUGGGUGAAUUGAAUGUCUACUGUCCCCUUUUUUAUAGAAAUAAAAAUGAUAUUCAAAAUUCAAUAUAUAUACAAUUUGCCCACUCUAAGUCUAAAAACAUGUGUGUUUGUUGAGUUAUUUACUUUUCAAAGAUUUGAGGCAGUGUGCAAAAAGAAUGUAAAGCUCAAAGGGAUAUAGGGCACCUGCGUGGCUCAGUCAGUUAAGUGUCUGACUUCAGCUCAGUCAUGAUCUCAGAGUUAAUGAGUUCUAGCCCUGCGUCGGGCUCUGUGCUGACAGCUCAGAGCCUGGAGCCUGCUUCAGAUUCUGUGUCUCCCUCUCUGCCCCUCUUGACUCACACUCUGUCUGUCUGUCUCUCUCUCAAAAAUAAAUAAAGAUUAAAACAAAUUAAAAAAACUUGAAGGGAUAAACAUACACAAGGAAACUAGUAUGAAAUAAGUAAGUCAUAGAGAUAAAAAGUAUUGCCUAGGGAAUUUGGUCAAUGGCAUUGUAAUAGCAUUGUAUGGUGACAGAUGGGAGCUUCACUGUGGUAAGCAUUGCCAAAUCACUGUGCUGUUGAAGCUAAUGUAACAUGGUGUGUCAACUAUACUUCAAUUUAAAAAAAUGAGGAAAAAGACGAGCAGGCUAUCUUUAGUGGGCCCCAAAGUGCAUACUACAAGGCCUUAUCUGCUUAGAAUGUGUUGCCUGCUACGGGGUUUGCUAAAACAGGGGCUAUAUAUUCUGCUUUCUACCUGAGCAUAUAUGAUCUACUCAAGAAGGGAAGACUAACCCAUGAGAACAAACUUGAUAACAGGUAAUAAGGAAAAGGUAAUGCUAAAUCCUAAUUGUGUGAUAUGGCUUGUGAGUUUUUGAGGAAGUCUUGUCAGAGGAAAUGGGAAGUGAUAUGAGCCUUGUUUGUUUGUUGUUUUACCACCUACAUUAAGAAGGGGGGGAAAUGGGCAAAGUCCUGUAGUUAGACCCAAUUGGGCAUGAGUGGUGUGUCAUAGGAAAUUAUCAUUCAGGUAGGUGAGAUAAGAUUGUUUAAGAAAACUUGAAUAUGAGGUAACAGGCUCCCAGGAGCUAAGGAGUCACAAAGUGAAAAGGGAUUUUCUUUGCCUUCCAGAUAAAAUAGACUAGGUAUCCAAAUGGAGAUGCCCAGGUGAUACAGAAUGUAACUGGGUGAGCUUAUAACUGUAAAGUAGGGAUAUUAGUUGGAAGAAGAUGCUUCGAGCUAGGAGAAAAAUAGAACCUGUUGAGGAGUGAUGGCUGACUUGUGGGGUGUGGAGGGAGAAACCCACAUUUAGUUAGAAAAGGGAAAGGGGGGAGCCCAAGAAGGAGUAGGAGCAGCAAAGAUUGAGGAGAACAAAGAGAGGACAGUGAGAUGAAAGCCAGGGGAAAGGAGCCUCUCAGGAAAGGGGGGAGUGGGGUUGCGUAAUCAUUCUAAUGCUAGGUGCUCAUCAGGUUAAGAGCUAAGGAAAAACAUCUUUAUUUUAUUUUUAAAAAGAUCUUUAAUUUGAGUGUAGUUGCCACACAAUGUUAAAUUAGUUUCAGGCAUACAACAUAGUGAUUUGACAGAUCUAUAUGCUAUACUAUGUUGACCACAACAUAUCUGUUCACCAUACAGUGUUCAUCACAAUACUACUGACUAUAUUCCCUGUGCUGUACCUUUUAUUCCUGUGACUUAAUCAUUCCAUAACUGGAAGCCUGUACUUCACUCCCCUUCAUCCAUUUUGCCCAUCUUCCCCCUACCUCCCCUGCAACCAUCACUUUGUUCUCCAUAGGUCUAAUUCUGCUUUGGGUUUGUUCAUUUAUUUCAUUUGUUUUGUUUUUUAGAUUACGUAUAUGAGUGAGAUCAUAUGGUAUUUGUCUUUCUCAGUUGAACUUACUUAGCAUGAUACCUUCUAGGUCUCUCCAUGUUGUAAAUGGCAAGAUCCUUUUUAUGGCUGUGUGAUAUUCAAUUGUAUAUAUAUCAUAUCUUCCUUAUCUGUGUGUCCAUAAACAGGCUGCUUCCAUACUUUAGCUAUUGUAAAUAAUGCUGCAGUAAACAUAGGGGCACAUACAGAUUUUUGAAUUUGUAUUUUCAUAUUCUUUGGGUAAAUAGCUAGUAGUGAAAUUAUUGGGUCAUAUGGCAUUUCUGUUUUUAAUUUUUUGAGGAACCUCCAUAUGGUAAGAAAAACAUCUUUAAAUCAGAAGGGAGCAAUUGGAGGACCUGAAGAAAAUACCUUUAUUAUUAUUUUUUUAAAGAUAAUAUUUGAGAGUCAGAGGCAGGAAAAAAAUGCAAAAGUAGGGAGCAUGGUAUAGCCCACCAUUAAGAACUUGCAACAAAAAGGAAGGAAAUCGUAUAUAAGCUUUCAGGCUUAGUGAAAUUAAGUACAUUUUUGAAUCAAUCUCACAUAUUUUGGCUAUCCAAAUGCAUGGGAAGGUAAAACUCUAAGUAUUUUUUUAGGGAGAGGGGAGACUCUUAAAAUAUCAAUAUGUUGAGACACAUCUGAGUCCUGCUUUAAUCUUCAGCCUGAUGAGAAAUUUGGGUUUCUCUUGCUUUUCUUCAUGAGCAGCAUAGCAGCAGCACCGGUAUGUUGUAGAUCGUCACCAAUAGGCCUGAUUAUCAGAGCAAUUUGUGCACCAACCAAAGAGUACAGAUGAUGACAAGCAGUGUGACAAGUUGGAAUUAGUUGUGGAAAGUGCCAGUAACUUGCAUUUGUUAUGGGUUUCUGGUUGUUGGUUGUUGUGUUUUGUAUUAGGGCAUUCCCAUAGCAACAGUGGCUUUUUAGCAAACAUUGCAAAUGUCUUCUAUUUUGUGUGCUGUUAAUACGUGUAAAUUAUUCUAUGUUCUAUAUGACAGAAGUGUUUCCUUUAUAAAUAAUUUACGUGGAGGAGAAAAGGAUAAUUGUAUCCACACAUCCAAGUACAACAUUCUUACCUUUUUGCCAAUUAAUUUAUUUGAACAGUUCCAAAGAGUGGCAAAUGCCUAUUUCCUUUUCCUUCUGAUUUUACAGCUGAUUCCAGAAAUCUCUUCCUUGACCUGGUUUACCACCAUGGUGCCUUUGGUCCUGGUGAUAACUAUGACAGCUGUCAAAGAUGCCACAGAUGACUAUUUUCGCCAUAAGAGUGAUAAUCAAGUAAAUAAUCGGCUAUCUGAAGUGCUCAUCGACAGCAAACUGCAGAAUGAAAAAUGGAUGAAUGUCAAAGUGGGAGACAUUGUUAAAUUAGAAAAUAACCAGUUUGUUGCUGCUGAUCUGCUUCUCCUAUCAAGUAGUGAGCCACAUGGCCUCUGUUAUAUUGAAACUGCUGAGCUUGAUGGGGAAACGAACCUGAAAGUCCGCCAUGCGCUAUCAGUUACCUCAGAACUUGGAGCAGAUAUUAGCAGACUUGCAAAGUUUGAUGGGACUGUUGUCUGUGAGGCGCCUAACAACAAAUUAGAUAAAUUCACAGGAGUUCUCUCUUGGAAGGACAGCAAGCACUCCCUCAACAAUGAGAAGAUAAUCCUGAGGGGCUGCAUCCUGAGAAACACCAGCUGGUGUUUCGGAAUGGUUAUAUUUGCAGGUCCCGACACUAAAUUAAUGCAGAACAGUGGUAAGACAAAGUUUAAGAGGACAAGCAUUGAUAGACUGAUGAAUACUCUAGUACUAUGGAUUUUUGGGUUUCUGGUAUGCAUGGGAAUUAUUCUCGCAAUAGGAAAUUCAAUCUGGGAGAAUCAAGUUGGGGACCAAUUCAGAACUUUCCUCUUUUGGAAUGAAGGAGAGAAGAACUCUGUGUUCUCAGGAUUCUUAACAUUCUGGUCAUAUAUUAUUAUUCUCAAUACAGUUGUGCCCAUUUCAUUAUAUGUGAGUAUGGAAGUCAUUCGUCUGGGACACAGUUAUUUUAUAAACUGGGAUCGGAAGAUGUAUUACCCUGAAAAAGCAACACCUGCUGAAGCUCGGACGACCACUCUCAAUGAGGAACUGGGCCAGAUUGAAUACAUUUUUUCUGACAAAACAGGCACCCUCACUGAAAACAUCAUGACUUUUAAAAAAUGUUCUAUUAAUGGGAAAAUCUAUGGUGAAGCUGAUGAUGACAUGGGUCAGAAGACAGACAUGACUAAGAAAAAUAAACCUGUGGAUUUCGCAGUUAAUCCCCAAGCAGAUAGAACAUGUGAGUUCUCUGACCACCGUCUGAUGGAAUCCAUUAAACUGGGGGAUUCCAAAGUGUAUGAAUUUCUUAGGGUACUUGCUCUUUGCCACACCGUCAUGUCGGAGGAAAAUAGUGCAGGGCAGCUGAUUUACCAAGUUCAGUCACCUGAUGAAGGGGCUUUGGUGACUGCUGCAAGAAAUUUGGGGUUCAUUUUUAAGUCUCGAACCUCAGAGACAAUAACAAUAGAAGAAUUGGGAACACUGGUUACUUACCAACUUCUUGCCUUCUUGGACUUCAACAAUAUCAGAAAAAGGAUGUCUGUCAUAGUUAGAAACCCAGAAGGACAGAUAAAGCUUUAUUCCAAAGGAGCAGACACUAUUCUGUUUGAAAAACUUCAUCCAUCCAAUGAAGACCUUCUGACUUUGACGACAGACCAUCUCAGUGAAUUUGCAGGGGAAGGUCUUCGAACUUUGGCCAUCGCAUACAGAGAUCUGGAUGACAAGUACUUUAAAGAAUGGCAUAAGAUGCUUGAAGAUGCAAAUGCUCUUAUAGAUGAGAGAGAUGAACGGGUAGCUGGGCUAUAUGAAGAAAUUGAAAGGGAUUUGAUGCUACUAGGUGCUACUGCUGUAGAAGAUAAGUUGCAAGAGGGUGUUAUUGAAACAGUUACAAAUUUAUCGCUAGCCAAUAUUAAGAUCUGGGUCCUAACAGGAGACAAACAAGAAACUGCCAUCAACAUUGGCUAUGCCUGCAACAUGCUGACUGAUGAUAUGAAUGAUGUGUUCAUUAUAUCAGGGAACACGGCAGUGGAAGUCAGAGAAGAACUCAGAAAAGCAAAGGAAAAUUUGUUUGAACAAAACAGAAGUUUUUCCAACGGCCAUGUAGUUUUUGAAAAACAGCAGCUGGAGUUGGACUCAGUUGUAGAAGAAACCAUAACAGGAGAUUAUGCCUUAAUCAUCAAUGGCCACAGUUUGGCCCAUGCCCUAGAAAGUGGUAUCAAGGGUGAUCUCCUAGAACUUGCCUGCAUGUGUAAGACUGUGGUUUGCUGCCGAGUCACCCCACUCCAGAAAGCCCAAGUAGUAGAGCUGGUGAAGAAGUACAGAAAUGCUGUCACUUUGGCCAUAGGUGAUGGAGCCAAUGAUGUCAGCAUGAUCAAAAGUGCUCACAUUGGUGUUGGCAUCAGCGGUCAGGAAGGAAUGCAGGCAGUCUUAGCCAGUGACUAUUCAUUCGCACAAUUUAGAUACCUCCAAAGGCUUCUCCUUGUUCAUGGAAGGUGGUCCUAUUUCCGAAUGUGCAAAUUCUUAUGCUAUUUUUUCUAUAAGAAUUUUGCAUUCACACUUGUGCAUUUCUGGUUUGGUUUCUUCUGCGGCUUCUCAGCCCAGACCGUUUACGACCAGUGGUUCAUUACCCUUUUUAACAUUGUUUACACAUCACUUCCUGUUUUAGCCAUGGGGAUUUUUGACCAGGAUGUGGAUGACCAGAACAGCAUGGACUAUCCCCAGCUCUAUGAACCUGGACAGCUCAAUCUGCUGUUUAACAAGCGUAAAUUUUUUAUCUGCAUGGCACAUGGCAUCUACACCUCAUUGGCCCUUUUCUUCAUACCCUAUGGAGCCUUUUACAAUGUGGCCGGAGAUGAUGGGCAGCACGUUGCUGACUACCAGUCUUUUGCAGUUACCAUGGCUACAUCGUUGGUCAUUGUGGUCAGUGUGCAGAUAGCCUUGGAUACCAGUUACUGGACUGUCAUUAAUCAUGUCUUCAUCUGGGGGAGCGUUGCCACUUAUUUCUCCAUUUUAUUUACAAUGCACAGUAAUGGCAUCUUUGGCAUCUUCCCAAACCAGUUUCCAUUUGUUGGAAAUGCACGACAUUCUUUGGCCCAGAAGUGCAUCUGGCUUGUUAUUCUCUUAACGACAGUGGCUUCUGUUAUGCCUGUGGUGGCAUUCAGAUUUUUGAAAGUGGAUUUAUGCCCAGCCCUGAGUGACCAGAUCCGUCGGAGGCAAAAAGCUCAAAAGAAGGCAAAGCCCUCACGUAGCCGAAGGCCUCAGACUCGCAGGUCAAGCUCAAGAAGAUCUGGAUAUGCUUUUGCUCACCAAGAGGGCUAUGGAGAGCUUAUCACAUCUGGAAAAAAUAUGCGAGCUAAAAAUCCACCCCCAACACCAGGGCUGGAAAAGACACUGUAUAAUAGCACUAGCUGGAUUGAAAAUUUAUGUAAGAAAACCACAGACACAGUGAGCAGCUUUAGCCUGGAUAAAACAGUGAAACUGUGAGUCAAGAUGAAUUUAAACCACAUAGCUACUUUUCACUUCAGCCGAAGCUGAAAUUCAGCUGGCUCCAGAGUUUACGAUCAGGGGCUGAGGUGGGCAGAUUGCCUCAGUUCAAAUCUCUGGCAAACAACUGCCAGGGCCCACCAAAUAGGGGUGCACUCUCUGGGAAACCAGGCCAGGUGGUCACUGUCUAAUUUGUGAUUUGCUGGGCAAAGGCCUCACAAUACAAACAGAGGUUUUUCUUACCAACCUAGAUACCAACUGAACUGAACUUUAGAAUCUUAUUAAUGGAGAAAAAUUUGUAACUCUGCAUAUACAUUGAAUGGAUCUUCAAGUGGAUAAAACGAGUGCAAUCAAAAGGUAUACAUCUCAGCUGUGAAAAUCAUGCUUGUUGACAGAUAAGCAUGUAUAUGUGAGAUCAGCCUUUCCCAAAAUACAUUUUUAAGAUGUACAGUGUGUACUAUGGUGCUUUCAGAUUAACAGCUGUUUGUGACUCUCAAGUCUGGAUAUCUACAUACCAUGUGUGUUCAGCCAGGACAAACACAUCACCUUCAUGCCCGUAGAAUAGAAAAACAUGUUGAUGUUCCUCCUUUUGUUUUUUUGUUUGUUUGUUUUUUUGUUUGUUUGGUUUUUUUUACCGGUCUGAAGACAGAGUAGAUUGGAGCAUCUUUAUAGUGGGAUAAAAACUGCGAAUUUGGUCAAAUGUAUUCACAAACCCUCAGGGACAUGUUCAUGAAAUGUCCAAGAGGGGCUCUCUAGUAAGUAUUCUGGACACUCUUCUAUGACUUUUAUACCAUCCUCAGUAGUAACUUGCCCUGCAUCAUCCGGUGCCAUUAAUGAAACCAGCAUAGCAUUGGAAUUUCACACUUUAAUGAGAAUAUUCCAAAUAGUGUAUAGGCAAAUACUUUCAACACUUCCAAUUUUAAAAAGUUCAGAUUUGAAACCAAACAAAUUAAUAAACAGUCUCUUCAAUUACUAUUUAAGUACUCAGGUUUAGGUCAUUCAGCGUUAGUCACUUUCGAUUUUCAGCUCUUGUGUUUAUAAUUGAAGCGUAUAUGUAAAGUUAGUUUUACAUAUAUGGAGAUGUUCCAGUCCAGAUUUUGAAUCCAUAUGUGAGUUACCACUGUAGUUCCUGUAAAAGAAUUCAGGCAUAUUUGUGUUCAGACUCCAGCUUUGUUACUUCUUACCUCUAUAACCUUGGGCAGGAAAUGUGCCUCCUCUGAGACUCACUUUCUUCCUCUGCAAAUGAGGAUAUACUACCUACCUCAUGUGGUUGUUUGGGGAUUAUCAAAGCACAAAUUCUUAAACCAUUGAAAACAUAAUUUUCAUAUGAAUAGACUUCCACUUAACUCAUCAUCAGAAUAGCAGCAAUUUGAAGAGAAUGUGAAAUUGGAAUUUAACUAGUCAGUAGGAAAAGCCUUGGAAUGAGAUUGCAAAAUAAGAUAUAAAACUGGUUAGUGUAGCACACUAUCGCCCUGGAGGUAAAUUUCUCUGUCAGAAAGUACAAAUAAAACAUCAUCAUGCUUUACCAAUUUUCUACAAGUCCAUCUCCAACUUUACCAGGUCCCUAAUCUGGUCUCUGUUGAAUUAUUAUUCAAAGUUGUCUUUCCCAAGAGAGUCACAUGGCCCUUGGCUGGGUUUGAUGGAUAAUGGGCUAGCACACGAGAUGAUACAAUCUACCCCCCCCCCCACCUUUUUGUUGUUGUUGUUCAUAGUUUCCUAGUCCAGGAUAAUUUUUCCUGAAUAGGAUAAAAUAAGAUAAUGUGUAAAAGACCCUAAUCCAGUGUUUUGAUCAUAGCAAAUACUCAUAGAUAUUCCCUUUUC